UCCCAUAGUUCUCCCCUCUCAGCAAAACAAAAGAAAAAGAACCAAACAAACCCCUAAAUCCAUAAGCUUUCUCAUGCUCUCAAAUGCACAGCUGUUCUCUAGCACGCGAAUUCCCUUUUGGGGCGAGAUUCUCUUCACUUUUUGCCUUCGCAGGACUUGCUCGUCCAAGAAUGGCAAACACUUUAGUGGGUGUUGUCUUCUUCUCUUCGACAGCUGGGAAAUUAGAACGGUAACCUGAUCCCUUUCGGCGUUUUUCCAUUUUUUCUUUUUGAGUUUUUGCUUUUCUUCUCUGUUAAGGUUCGAAUUUUAAACUCCCACUCAAAGUCGAAAACCCUAAUCUUCUACCCUAUAAAUACCUGUGUUUGGAACUCUCAAAGGGGGAGGUUUUUGUUUUUUGGGCGUCCAUUCAGUUUUUGUUUUUUGGGCGUCCAUUCAAUAUUUCUUUGUUCACCAGUACUUUGCUUAUAAAAAAUAAAAAAAUAAAAACUCUCCGCCUUUUUUCUUAUCUCUGGAUUUCGUAUUGAACUCUCAAAACAAGAAAAAACACUCUUAAAAUAAGAAAAAGCAAAAGCAUUUUUAUUUCAAUCGAAGUUCGAUAUCCAUUCGGGAGGAACACCUUUAUUCGUUCCAGCCAAGCUCGGUGAAAGUUUGAAAGUGAUCAUCAUCUCUCGUCGCCCCCUUUGCUGCAUCGGAAAAGGUAAUCUUCUAUAAUAUUUUGCUAUUUUAUUCAAUUCUAUACUUUUAAUUUCUACGAUUAGUCUUCUUUAGUUUUAUUUUUCUUUUAAGUGUUUAUGUUCAGCAUUCUUAUUCCCUCUUGAAAUUUCAUUUUUUAUUGUUGUUGCGAGUUUGUAGGCUCAGAUUAAUUUUUUUUCACUACUAGAGAUGUGGCUUUUAUGUUUAGUAAUUCGCCUAGUCUUUCUAUUUUUUUUUUUUGUUAUGUUGAUGUUCUCUGUGCUUAAUAUUUGUGGCUCUGCUUUCUGCUUUGUUCAAAGUGCAAUGUGGCUUAGUUGAUGUCAUUUUCUAAGUAUUUUAGCUUAACUUUGAUUCUGGUGUGUGAAGUUGCAAGGCAUGAAUCAUUUACAACUUUAGGUACCCUUUAUCUCUUCAAAACGAUUUUAACCUAACAAGAUUAAAUCAAAGUAUGGGCUGUUGUUUUCUUUUACAGAAGCUCACGUUAGAUAUAUUUGUUUUCCCGCAAUUCUUGUUUGUUUGUUCUUUGUUCGAGAUGAGUAUAAUUUGAGAUUUGUUCCGUCGUUGAAUAUGUUAAAAUGUGCGACUUUCCUCCCUGCUUGAAUGUGUGUACAAUUUAAGUGAAGUAAAAAAAAAAAGAAGAACUAGAAAUAAGAUCAUAAAUGUACUUGAAGACUGAUUUCAUAUACUUUUUGGCAAAAAAAAAAAAAAUUGUGUGAAUAGACUUCCAGCUUUUCUGCUCAUUUUUUGUAAGAAAAAAAAAGUCCAUGACUAUGUGCAGCUAAAAGGUAUACUCUGAUGUGGCAAGAGCACUACCAAAUGAUCUCUCAAAUCUUAAUGCAUGUUUAGCCGAGGAAUAAGGGUGGCUAUAGCUAAUUUGUUUCCAAUAUGCUCUGUUCAUUAUUUUCUGGAUUAGUUGAUCUUUGUUGUCUUGUUCAAGUCUGAAAAAUAGAUAGAUAACUCCAAACUUUUAAACCAGAAUCCAACUUUAGUUUGUUUUCCUUUGCAAAAAUGUGUUAUGAAUUAUAUGUCCACUUUUGUCUAAUCUACUAGAAGGAUGGUGAAAUAUGAACCUGAGAUAAAUGAUCACACUUAAUGUUAGGAAAAUAUGGGUGCUGGUUUAUAUGUAAAUGUGUUCCAAACAAAGUGGCUACUGAUUUGUUCAAAGUUCAAAAAUGCUCUUUCAUUUUCAAAAGAUUGUUUACAUUGAAUCGGAAACGUCUUUUCUUAUUUUUCAUUAUGAGUUCCACUGCAAAAUCUUACUUGCAAACCUAACCUCCUUAAGUCCUUUGACAUAAGGAUAAGUAGCUUUAGGUUGCUGUCUCUAGAGAUUUGUUUAAUGUCAAAAGGCAAGAGUUUCUACCCUGUAUGUAUAACAUGAUUAAAAACAAUGCAUCACUUAUUGUAAUCAAGUUUCUGGCUAAUCGAAAUUGUCUAAUGUAUGUUCAAACAGUGAUAUAUCUAUUAACAAGUUUUGUGUGGAUUUGUUUUUCUAACAGUAGGUUUAACUAUAUUUAGAAGUAAUUUUAACUUGUUGAGAUCAGUAAAGGCUUGUUGGAUUCAAAAGCGAGUAUGCAUUUGCAUUUUGUUUUGUUAGGGAAAGAAACACAAAUGUUCUUCGAUCGUGAAUAUUAAGUAGAGCAUGUUAAUGUAUUAAUUAUGUUUGGUCCAAGUUUGUUCGAACUAAAAUUCACUUUGGCUUUCAUUUUAGCUUUCUUUCAAAUAAGUUAUCACGUUUCCUUUCCCUUUCCUUCCUCUGUUUCCUUCUUCUUCCUUUAAAAGAAAAGAGGUUAAUAUGAUUCAUAGGAGUCUAUUACUUAGCGCUGAAGAGUUAUUAUAGUUUGUAAGAUUGUACAUCUGCAUGUUUCAAUCCUCGUUAUCUUCCCUUAGUAAGAGGAUGUUAAAUCAUUUAUUUUGUCCAUAACUUUCAGCAAGGUGCUGAGACAGAUAAUUUAAGUUUUAUUACAUGCAAUGUAGUAUAACAAAUGUACCGAUAAUCUAUUCAAGGUUAUUUCAGUAUUCAAAGUAUCCGUACUAAUUCCUUUUCUUUACUUUUUCGCAUGAGCUCACUCGAGAUGAGUCCUUAUGGACUUAUGCAUUCUCCCUUUACGCUAUCUCGUUGGGCUGGAAGCCCAGCAUUGCAUUAGAUCAAUCGGACCACAGAGAUUGAAGGCCCAACCAUGGGUGAAAAUGGUUCAAGUUUAGGUUGGUGGGGUUGGUAAACCCACUGGUCCAUUUUGUCAUUUUAUUUUUGCUUAUAUUUGUAUUGUACGUAUGAAUACUUGCGGAUAUUGAAAUCCAUGGUUAGAACUUAGUCGAAUUAGGCAAAUGAUGUGUGUAUCGUUUGGAAUGGAUAGGAACCCCGUUACUAUUUCAAAUUUGGACCCAACAAAGAUAAGUUGACAACUUUACUUCAGAAAAUGUGACAAAGAAAUAAUUUUGCUUUCUCCUUAUAAAAUAGAUAUAUGGAAACAGUGGAGUAUAUAUUUUUGAGAAAGUUAAACUUUUCUUGAAUUUCUGGAAAUUACAGUGGAUAUUUGUUGAGAAAUUCAAUUUUCUUAAUUUUCAGAAAUUACCAAAAGAGUUAAUAGAAAUUCUGCUUUCAGAAAGUGAGAUUUAUAAAAAAGAAUUUCAGAAUUAGUUUAAGGGACUCAAAUGAUUUUUAUUUUUUUUUAAAUUUGGAAUAAACAAAGAGAUUUUAUUUGAAUUUUAAAUUUGAGGAAAGGGUUCAAGAAGGGGUAUAUUUGGAACUUGAUUUUGAGGAGAAAGAUGGCUUUGGUUAGAAUAUGGUUAACCUAAUUGAGCUAAAAAGUGGAAAAUAUAAUAAGCAAAAGUCUCUUUACUUAUACAUAAAAACCUAUUCUAUUUUGCAAGGGAGACAUAUUUUGUUUAUAUAAAACAAAAACAUAUAAGGAUUAAAUUAUUUCAUUGGACCAAACUAGUAGAAACUCUACCUAAGAGAAAUCUUGAGUGGGUUUUGGUCCGAAAAUGAAGUGAAUAUAAACCCUUAUAAAUAUUUUUCCAAAAAGAAAAAUCAACUCUUUUUUUCUUUAAAGAAUAUUUUGCCAAAAAUUGGAGUUUGGUGAUAAGCAUGACAAGUUUUGCAAGAGAUGAACACUUUUAGUAAAUAAUUACAUUAAUCACACAUUGAAGCUCGAAGGUCAACUGUAUUCUACGGAUCCUUAAUACUAGGGUGCUUAAAACCUUAUCUAGGGGAUCACCAGAACCUUUAUCUCGAACUCUGGUUUAAAAAGGAUUUUUCUUUAUUUGAUAAAACUCUUUUAACUCGGUUUUCUUAGUUUACUAAUAAAUUAGGUGGCGACUCUAAAAAAUAUAAAAUACAAUUAGAGCACCAACAACUUUGAAGUAGCUUCUAUGCCUUAACUCGCAUAAAAGUGAACCGUAACGGAUGGUGACUGCGAUGGGGAUUUUCUAGGUUCUAACCAUAAGAAUUUCAAUAUAAUGUGAUAUAAUUGUAAUUAUUUGCUUAAUUUUUUACUCUCUUGCAAAAUAUAAACUGUCAUGCAUUCAUAUCAUAAAUUCCGCCACUCCUGGCAAAAAGCAUGGUUCCAAAGGGGACACGCGGGUUCGCGGUCUAGCCUUCACUAAAAAACCCGAAACACCCCUUCUUUGGAACACGUUGAACGUUAAGUUGGUGUGCAGUCACCCAACGGCCGAUAACGGUUCACCAUGAGUAGUCCGCUCGGGUUCAAUGUCAUUCGAAAAACCCACUCUUACAUAAGCUUAAGAUUAGAGCUAACACAAAUCCAAAGAUGAAACUCUUACAUAAGCUUAAGAUUAGAGCUAACACAAAUCCAAAGAUGAAUUAGACUGGGGGUUUGGAUAUUUUAGAAAUAUCGAAACCUAUUAGGAAGGCUACCCCGUGUCAAGUACGGUCUAUGACCCGAAGACACCGCAUCCAACUAUGUCAAAAAAUUGAAGGAUGUACAUGCCGUUAUAUGAAUUGUUUGUUCUUGGGGUUGAGAAGUUUUCCUUUACUUUUUAGACUUCAUCCGAGAGGAGCUAGAAAAUUUGAAGGACAAUGAAGGACCGCCAUGGUGGCUUUAGUUUAGAUUUUGUACCCUAUGUGGGACUGUUAUUUUGUAUACUCCGUUCCCUUAUUAUGUAUCCCCAUUCGAUAUUCAUGAAUUUUGUAUCAAUUUGGGGCAAACGAAACGUCUCAACGACAUCUACAUCCUUCAAAUUGAACAGGCUUACCUUUGGCUUAAAAAGGUCACAUACAUGAUUAGGACACGAUAUAUAUUGUUUAUGUGCUACGUGUUAUGCAAUAUGCAUUGUUAUGCCUAUUUGAUUUAUGUGCUUAAAUACAUCUGUUUUGGCUUGAACAUGAACGGUUCAUUAUUCAGUUCCGAAGUCUUAGAAUGUCAUUAAGCACACAAAACCCCCAAAUCAAUUUUUUUUCAAAGUCCACCUAAAAUCACCCGAGCUCUCGAAACCUUACAUUAAAAUCCAAAUAUUCUGAGUUUUCUAGCCGUGCGGUAAUCCUCCAAUUAUCCUUUGACCACGUCAUCCUGAUAAUCACUUUAUUGUGUCCAACUAUCGUCAAGGUUACACCCUUAUGCUCUCAAAGUCUUACAUGCCGAGUUUUCAAGAAAAAACCACCGGUCAUCGCCAACUAUCAUUGGUCACGUUGUUCCUAAAUUCGCUUUUUCCAGCCGAUAAAUUGCCUAGGUUGCACCCAUCGUCGAUUUAUUUUAGUGACACUCAAUUAGUUUAGAGUCAAUCACAACCCGUAAUUUUGUUACCCCAGAAAAGCUUUCCAAAUACACAUCCAUGCGCAGGUAUGAACACCUGAACCUGUAAAUUUCUUUUUGUCGGAGUCUCAAAGUCGGUAAAAUGGUCAAAAUCCUGUCCAUACAGUUAACUGUUUAGGUCACCCUUUUAGGUCUCCCAUUUCAACUGAAUUUUGGACUGUUCUGUUUUAAGUAAAACAAACGUUACUUGCUUCAUUUUAUUAUGAUUGAUGGACUAAUACUGUUACCUUUUGAGUUUUUCUUCUUUCUUAGGGAAGGCUGAUUUUUGUUGGCAAUCAAACCGGUCCACUUUACAAGAUAAAAGGUAGCCACGACAUCCCUUUCGAGCCAGAUCAACAACAAAGGGAAAAGGAAAAGACUGGUACUACAAGAGAUGAUCUCAGAAUGACAGGAAUUGCAGAAUCCGUCAGUCAGGGGAACAAUGGACUUCAUGUGGAUGUCAUCACCUUUUUGUUUAAGAAAAUGAACGACCUCCAAGAGAAGGUGAAACAUGCCAAAACAGCUACUGUGGCGAAUUUUCCUCCCGUUAACUUAUGGAAACCUCCUCCUCAUUUUCCACUUUUAAGUUUGCCACUAUCCAACCCUUCCCUCGCCUAUGCUGCCAAGAUAAGCAUCUCUACUACAAAUCCUACCAUCGACUUAACCAUGUCAAACCCUCCAUAUGCUGGCACUUUCUACCAAGUACCCGAUGCUAGCCAUCCUUUAAAUAUCGCACCCUCAUACCAAACCCCGCCACCGACUUACAUUAAUCCUAUCACUUACCCAAGGCCAACCUACACCAACCCUGCCACUCAUCAAAACCCAAAUAUCUACACAAAUCUUCCCCCUUCUCAAAACACUAACACUUUCCAAAAUCUCCUUGCACACUCUGAACUAGGCCACUACGAGGAGACGGAAAAAUGCUGGAGAGCCGAACAGGACAGGCACUACAAAGAGAUGGAAUGCAAAGUGGCCGAGAUGCUUGAACAAUCCGCAAGAGCCACUUGUAAGGCGACUGGUCUAAGAUAUGACGAUCUCUGCAUGCAUCCAGAUUUGGAUUUGUUGAAAGGUUUCAAGGUGCCCAGAUUUGAAAUGUUCAACGGAACUAGAAACUCCAAGCCCCACUUGCGAUCUUAUUGUGAUCAACUGAUCAGGGUAAAGAAGAACCAAGCUCUGAUCAUGAGGCAAUUGAGUCAAAGAUUGACUGGGGAAGCCCUGGAAAGGUUCACCACACAAGAUUUGCGCCAAUGGAUCACGUGGGAAAACAUGGCUGAAUCAUUCAUGAAAAGGUUUCAGUUCAACAUAGACACAGUCCUUGACCGAUAUUACCUCAAAAGGGUAAAACAAAAACCCAUGGAAAAUGUUCGUGAGUAUGUUGUCCAAUGGAGAGUAGAAGUUGCACUGGUGCAACCUCCGAUGAGUGAAGAUGAGUUAACUACUGCUUUCAUUGGGGUCCAAAAUCCCGAAUACUAUGACAGGAUGUUGUGCAUAAUGGGCCAAAAAUUCUCCGAAAUCAUCAAGAUGGGAAAAGCUUUGGAAGACGGUUUCAAAACUAGAAAAUCACAAACCGUGCUGCAUUACGAGUUGCUAGCUGUUACAUCUUGGAAAUUUUGCAUCGUUGUAUUAUGAGUAGACUAACGCAAGCUACAUGAAGUCCUUAUAAGGUUAAGGAGGGUAUUUGAUAACUUUAGGUGCGUACCUUAAGGUUUUGGAGUCAUAUGAAUCGGUGGGAGUGAGUUAGUCGAAGGGAUUGGAAUUUGAGUCGUGCUUUGGGAAGAUUUUGCAUCAUUUGAGUUAUACAUUGUUUAGUAAUGCCUUGAGGGGGGAGCUAUAGGGCCCCUUAGAUGGUUUAUGAAGUUUUACACAUGUGCCAAGAAGGUUCCAUAAGGAUUGGAAGGAUUACAAGUUAAAACGAAUCAAAGAGAGCAAGUUAGCGGAAGGGCAUUUUGACGAUCCAUUUGACGGACCGUAGGACGGUUGACGGCCCGUUAAAUGGUGGAGCCACCAUCGUGAAAUAGCCACAUAGAGGUCCGUUUGGUGGGGCUAUUUGACGGACCGCAGGAUGUUUGACGGUCCGUCAAAAUGGCCGUCAAAGUUGCCGAUGGGAUAUUAAGUGAAGCUUUAUAUAUUUCGUUUUUCCCCAUUUGGGUUCAUUAUUUCCCCAUUUCAGACCCUAGAGCUCUCCAAAACCCCUCCAAAGUUUAUGUACAAAUCCAUGCCAAACCCAAGAGGAUCAAGAGAUUCAAUUGCUAAAAAGCUUACUAGGGUUUGUGAAGCUCAAGAUUUCCUUUGGUGUUGAUGUUGGAGGUUUCACUAUAGUGGAGUAAUUUGAUCCAAGGCUUGUUCUUGUGUGAUUAAGGUAAGUUUUACAUCUAUUGCAUAUAGCUAAGGUUGUUUGAUUGUUAUACAAUUUGGUUGGAGGAGGAAAAAUGAAGGGAGAGUUCAAGUAUGAGUUUGAGGGUAUUUUGAGCUAUAAAUUAACUUGAGUUAUAAUUUUUGGCAUGUUAUGAGUAUAAUAUUGUUAUGGAUGUUAAUAAUGAUGAUGAGGAAUGGUUGUAUACAAGCACAUAUGGUGUUAUGUUGUAGUUAUUGUUAUGGGUUGAUUAUGAAAAGGAGUUUUGGGGAUUUGGAGCAUAACUUGAAUGAGGUCUCUUAAUUAUGGUAUUGUUGAAAUGUCAUUGUUGAUUAGGAGUUGUUUUGGAAUUUGGUAGAAGUAGAUGAAAUAGGGGAAAUGCUGCUCAAUUUUCGCUAGCUCACAAAUUAUACUGACCUUGGUAUGAAUCCUCUUGAAUGUAGAUUUUCCGGACUUUGGAGGAGAAUAACAGUAGUUAAGAAGACGAAAGACGCUGCGCUCAUGCCCGCAGGUGGACUGGGAGACAGACUCGACCCUUAGGCUGCUUCGUCAGUGAUUACCUAGAAGAGCUUCAUUUGAUUCGGAGCUGCUCCAGUUGGUACUAUUCUUCUGUGUACAUACAUGGGCAUGGCGGGGUGCCCAUCUUUAUGAUGUUACAUACUCUUUGUAGAGGCUCGUAGACAGUUGUGUAUAGCUAGACAUCUCUCAGCCUUGUCGACUCAUAUUUUGUAUAUCAUUUUGAUAGCCUUGUCGGCUUAUGUGUAUAUAUCUAUAUAUGGGCAUAUUCAAUGAUGUUGAUAAAAAAGUUCCUUAGUCCAAUGCAAUUUGUAUUAUUGAUGCAUAGUAAU